CUUUGAUGAGGGCAGAGCUCCCUUUGCAUUGAAGGAGAAAACUCGGGGAGGUCGGGAGCGACGCGUCCUUCCUCCCCUCCCUGCGAUGGCACAGCCUCUCUGAACAUCCCUAGGCUUCAACCCCGUCUGGAGCCUCGCCUCUCCCCCGCAUCCUCCCCUCCAGAGGCCCAGGACCUCUGGUGAAACAGUCACACGUCCUUGAUCCAUAGCUCCCAAUAUACCAACACACACCGUGACCAUGGCAGAGGACGCGGAUAUGCGCAAUGAGUUGGAGGAGAUGCAGAGGCGGGCUGACCAGCUCGCCGAUGAGUCACUGGAAAGCACUCGUCGUAUGCUGCAGCUCGUUGAAGAGAGUAAAGAUGCUGGUAUCAGGACUUUGGUUAUGUUGGAUGAGCAAGGAGAACAACUCGAUCGUGUUGAAGAAGGCAUGAACCAUAUCAACCAAGACAUGAAGGAGGCCGAGAAAAAUUUAAAAGAUUUAGGGAAAUGCUGUGGCCUUUUCAUAUGUCCUUGUAACAAGCUUAAAUCAAGUGACGCUUACAAAAAAGCCUGGGGCAAUAAUCAAGAUGGAGUUGUUGCCAGUCAGCCUGCUCGUGUAGUGGAUGAACGAGAGCAGAUGGCCAUCAGUGGAGGUUUUAUCCGCAGGGUAACAAAUGAUGCCCGAGAAAAUGAAAUGGAUGAAAACCUGGAACAAGUCAGCGGUAUCAUCGGAAAUCUUCGUCACAUGGCCCUGGAUAUGGGCAAUGAGAUUGACACACAAAAUCGCCAGAUUGACAGGAUCAUGGAGAAGGCCGAUUCCAACAAAACCAGGAUCGACGAGGCCAACCAACGUGCCACAAAGAUGCUGGGAAGUGGUUAAGUGCAACAAUGUGGAUUUUCUUCUCUGUGCCAUCUGGGACGAUGGCACACUCAUGCUUUCCUCAUGGUAUCUACCUACUAGGUUUGCACACAUGCACAUAUCAGUCCCCAUUGUAAAUGUUGUCCUGUGUAGUUUGUCAGCUUUCCAACAAUAAUACUUGUCAUUUUUUUUUCCUAGCAAUCUUUCCAAAGGUUGUAUAUAGUGUUGAUUUGAUGGCUCUGGCCGACUAUUUUUGUUUGUUUCAUUUUCUCCCUCAAUGACGUUUGCUGAAUGACAACAAUGUAGGAAUGCUAAACGUGCUGUUGAACCUUUAAAUAUACAGUAUUGUUCUUGUAAAACUGUGACAUUCCACACAGCUACUGCCAUGCUCCUUUCUUUGGGUGUCAUGUUCUAAACACAUAAACUUUGCUGUCCUUGGUUCCUCACAGCCAUUAUUUGUUGUUAUGAUUUCAUGAUUAGACAAUGUGGAAUUAUAUAACAAGCACUGCACUAAAAGUGAUGUGAUUUAUGCAUUUAUGCAUGAGAAAUAAAUAGACUCUUAGACUCCUAAGACAAGAUCUUUCCAUGGCAGUAGUACUUUGACAACGGAAAAAAAAACCCCAAAAACCCACAAACCAACAACGAGAAAAAAGCAUGCUCAGUAUUGAGACACUGUUCUGACUAGGUAAAACCAGCAAGACUGCAGUAGUGUCACUUUAUUUCUGUCAAUAUAUAGAGUUAUCAUAAUCAUCAUUUUUUAAAUAAAAAGAUGGAUUUGACACACCAUUUAAUCAUUUCCAGCAAAUAAACGUUUGGCUGAAAAUAUGUCAAAUGAGUGUAAUAUAGGAUUUGUCACCGCUUUUGAAGACUAUCUUUUGGAGGAAACGACUACAAUAAGAAACGGUGCAGAGAUGUAAUUUUUAUAAGCCUGUAUCCUCUUAGUCGCUAUUCCCCAUGUGAUUUGCUAUCAGUAUGGUUCUCUGUUGCUUACCUAGAGCUAUGCACACCAAAUCACUGAGAUGUUUAGAAGCUAUAAAGAAAAACUUUUAAAAACAAUAUAAAUGAAUGAACUAUAGAUACUGAGAUAAAUAUUACAGCAUGAAAUAUUCAAUUCCUCCUGUCUCCUGUCAGUUUGUGAAGUGAUUGACAUUUUGUAGCUAGCUUAAAGUUAUUAAAAUUAUA